AUGAGCAACAGCAUUGAGCAGUAUCAGAUCGGUGCCCGUAUAUCGUUCCAUUCUCGCCGUCGUCAACUUGCUUGCACCACCGAUACCGCUGACUACGGCCAUCGUGCUUGCUGCCCUCUCAACCAGGCGGACUUUGCUGAGUUCUUCCAAGGUACAUAUUCAAUUGACACACAUCAUGAGAGUAUGGCUGCAGUUAAGUCGGCCUUCAGUUCUUUGCGGUCCCUCUUUUUCUUCGCGUUCAGCUUCCUCUGCAUGGUCCUGUUGCCGCGAGAUACCAGCGAUGGUGCGCCGACUGGUAACAGUGUUCAUUGCUAUUCGUCUCAACAGGGCUAUCUUAAUUUGUAUCCUUUUGCUACUGGCAAGAUGGAUAGAAUGGAGCCCAGCAGUACUGUCGACUUUGCCCGUCGUGGCAAGAUGGCUGCCAAGCAGGGCUGUGUCAACUGGGAUCCCCUAGCUACGUUUCGCAGCGUCAUUCUAACACAUGAAUUCCAGACGCACAGGCCUGGUGAUCCUAAUUUGCACCAGCACGGCGCUGACAAUGUUACAAAACGUGGCAACGGACCCGCAAGCCUAGACGUCUUCACCGACGGCUACGAAAAUGGCGAGGAGCCCGUUGUGCGGGCUAGAAUCGACACGAUGGGUCGGAAGAUCACAGUAUCACAAGCGUGGAACGAAAGGGACAAAACCGACAAGCGACUCCACCUCAACGAGAUCCUCGAAGCGCUGUGGGAAAUUGGAGGCAUGGAGCUCAGUCAGCUGCGUUCCAUUGAGUUUACUAUGGUCGUCAACAAACCAACGUUGGCUGCAAUUAACAACAUAAGGAAAAGGCGCGGCUUGACAAAGAACAAAGCAUUCAGGGUCAAAGAAGCGGCAACAGGUCCAAUGGCAGCCGAUUGGACCGCCUUGUUCAAAAGUCCUCUUGGGAAAGCCGCGCGAAGGAUGGCCAAUGAGGGUGGUAAUUUAGUCGACGUAUUCGAUGUAAGAGGCGAAGUAUUGACUCCGGUGGUGGAGAUUGAGUACUUGACUGUUAGGUUCAGUUAA